AUGACAUUCUGCCGAACGGUUGGCGACGCUUCCCCGGCGGCACCGUCGAUCCCGACGAUGCAGAACAGCGGCACGGCCAUGGCCGUCCGAAUCAUCGGCGGCAGUUUCCUGUCCUUAUCCAUCGUGUCCAGCGUGAUCGCCUGCGCCCUAUGGAACACCGAAAAUCAUUCCCUCACCAAUAAUAUCACCUAUUAUUGUGAGUUUUCUUAGAAAUGAUUUUGGAGUGAGAAAGUGGUCGAGACCAAAAAAAGCAAAAAAAAAUCUGAAGUCAUAAUUUUAAAGCCUACUCUAGUGGUGUAAGCUUUUGAGGAUGCUAAAAGCAGAUAGAUUGUCUAGUUAUUAACAAAAAUAUCUCAAUUAAGGUAUUCUUGAGUAAUGAAACGAAGCUUGGGGGUCAAUGGAUCAACAUAACUGGUCCAAUAUGUUUGUUUCAAAUUUAUCAGAGUUACUGGGAGGAAUACUGGAUGAAAAACUACUUGAGUGGCCACUAUAGAGAUGGGUUUAGUGGCCAAUUCAGUGUCCUCUCCAAAUAGUCCUUGGCGAGCCUCUAUAGUGGCCACUAAAAUUUUUCCCAGAUCCGCAAACUGAAAAAAGUUUCAGUGAAUCUACUUGAAAAAUAGGAAGAUGAAAGUAAUCAUUUUAAUGAAGUGAUUCGAAUCAACUAACCAUUGGAAAAUGAAACCUCUUGAGUGGCUUUCAAACAAAUUUUCAAUGGUUUAAUUUUUCCAGGCGGCCUCUCCCUCGCCCAAUUAUUGAACGUGGCUAUCGUCUACUUGAUGAUUCGAGGGAUUUCACUACAAAAGCCUCAUUAUUUCCAGCCUUUCAUCAUUUGCGCUCUGUUCCAUUUGGUUAUUUGGUGAGCUACUGUUUCUUAUUACAGAGUAGGGAACACUUGAGGGUUAGAGAAGGAGACGCUGAAAUUUCCACCUAAUCACCUCAAAAAUGGUCAUUUUGCAGCCUCCUACUCUCGGCGAUCUUCUUCCUCUACGUCGUGACGCGGGCGACCUUCUAUUCGCCGAGCAGCGACGUCGUCUUCUUCCUCGUGUUCGCCAUGCUGAGCAUGUUCUGGUCGAUGGCGAUCAGCGUCGUCCGCGAGUACCGCGACUUUGUACGUGAGAUUUCGUUCGCGCACGCACCGCUCGUCGACCAAGAGCACUUCGUUUAG